UCACCGCGCAUUUCGCCGAGGAGCGAAACAAACAUGGCGGCAGAGUGGAGUGGACAGGUCUGCUUGCUAACUUUAGUCGUAGUGUUUUGGAGCUCUGUGGGGGGUCGAACGGAGAUGACGAGCGUUGGCUGGAGCCAGAUACUGGGUAUGAGACUGGAGAGGAGCAACAAACCGGCCACCAUCACUGAGGACGGUGUUAUUCAGGUAACGGAAGAGAGCAGCGUCCAGCUCAGGUUUUACGGGCUGCAGCUCAGUUCGGACUCCGCGUCUCAGAUCCGGUUCAUGGAGCUCAGUGAGGAUGCGGAUGCGAGUGACUCGGUAAACAGGACUUGUGCGGAUUUUACUCAGGAUAUUCGCUUGGGAAGUUAUAUGAACGUUAGCAGUCGAGGGAUAUCCGGUGUGGUGAGCGUCAACGUGAAGCCGCUCCGCAAAACCGAGCGCGAGCGAGACUACAUCGCCUGCAUCAAGAGUGCGGAAGGCGAGUGGCACGUGCUGUCCGAGAACGACGGGAGGUUCCGAGUUGUGGAGGAGAAAAGUUCUCUGCUCCCUCUGUGGCUUCAGAUCAUCCUGGUGUCAUGCUUGCUUUUACUGUCCGGCAUGUUCAGUGGACUCAAUCUGGGGCUCAUGGCGUUAGAUCCGAUGGAGCUUCGGAUCGUGCAGAGUUGCGGGACUGAUAAAGAAAAGAGGUAUGCACGCAAAAUCGAGCCCAUUCGGAGGAAGGGCAAUUACUUGCUUUGCUCCUUGUUGCUUGGUAACGUCCUUGUUAACACCACGCUUACUAUCCUGCUGGAUGACCUUAUCGGAUCCGGUUUUGGUGCAAUAGUUGCUUCCACUGUCGGCAUCGUGAUCUUUGGAGAGAUUGUCCCACAGGCACUUUGUUCUCGCCACGGUUUGGCUGUCGGUGCCAACACCAUUCUGUUAACCAAGUUCUUCAUGCUCCUCACCUUCCCACUCUCAUUUCCUAUCAGCAAGCUCCUGGACUGCGUUCUGGGCCAGGAAAUCGGCACGGUGUACAACCGGGAGAAGCUGGUGGAGAUGCUGAAGGUGACCGAGCCAUACAACGACUUGGUCAAAGAGGAGCUCAACAUGAUCCAGGGUGCAUUAGAGCUGAGGACCAAAACUGUCGAGGACAUCAUGACACCACUGAACAACUGCUUCAUGAUCAAAUCCGAUGCCGUGCUGGACUUCAACACCAUGUCCGAGAUCAUGGAAAGCGGCUACACGCGCAUCCCGGUCUACGACGACGAGCGCUCCAACAUCAUCGACAUCUUGUACGUCAAGGACUUGGCCUUCGUCGAUCCAGACGACUGCACGACACUUAAAACGGUCACCAAGUUUUACAACCACCCAGUCCACUUUGUCUUCCACGACACCAAGCUGGACGCCAUGUUAGAAGAGUUCAAAAAGGGCAAAUCUCAUCUGGCCAUAGUGCAGAGGGUGAAUAACGAGGGCGAGGGAGACCCCUUCUAUGAAGUGCUGGGUUUGGUGACGCUGGAAGACGUGAUUGAGGAGAUCAUCAAGUCCGAGAUCCUGGACGAGUCCGAUCUCUACACUGACAACCGAAACAGAAAGAAGGUGGACCCGAAUAAAAACAAGAGGGACUUUUCGGCCUUCAAACACGAAAACGAAUCUAAGGUGAAGAUCUCUUCGCAGCUGCUCUUAGCUGCUCAUCGGUUCCUGGCGACUGAGGUGAGCCUCUUCAGUCCACUACAGAUCUCGGACAAGAUUUUGUUGCGAAUCCUCAAGCAUCCUGAUGUCAUCCAGGAUCUCCGGUUCAACGAAAAUGACAAGCGUUCACAGCAGCACUACUUGUAUCAGCGUGGCAAGCCAGUUGAUUAUUUCAUUCUCAUCUUGCAGGGCCGGGUAGAAGUGGAGGCAGGCAAUGAGAACAUGAAGUUUGAGACUGGUCCCUUUUCGUAUUAUGGAGUUAUGGCAUUAAGUACAUCAUCCUUCGAGUUUCGUUCUCCUUCACACCUUAGCGGGCUGAAUCGUUCAGCUUCCUUGAGCUGCACAGAGAGAGUAGACACACUGUCCUCCAGUGGCAGCAACUCGCAGCUCAACAACGCCUCCACGCCUCAGUACGUCCCCGACUUCAAUGUGCGUGCCCUGUCUGACCUGCAGUAUGUUAAGGUCAACCGUGCUCAGUACCAAAAUGGGCUUUUGGCCUCCAAAUUGGACAGCACCCCACAGUCCCCGCAGAGCAAUCAUAUUCGAUUGGACAGCGUGCUUGCACCACCCCUGACUCUGCCCACUUCAUCCAUGACCUGCAUCACAGGACCAUUAGCACUCCGAGAGGAAAAAAACGAGACCACGGCGCUGUUAAAUGACAAGAACAGCCUGAAUUGUCACCAGACUGCCCAACCGCAGUCCUACUCUAACUCCAACUCAAACCUCAACACUAGUACUGACACUAACUACAACCUUCAAUCACAGAGUUACCCGAACACACACGUCACACCUCACAUCCACACCAUUUCUCACAGCCACGCACACACAGAGAGCACAAUCUGACAAAGUGCAUGGGGAGCCUUGGUCGGUGCAAGGCUCCAGAGAGGUCCACACUUAUCCACGAACGUGUAUACAUACACACACGCACACCUAUACAUGUACAUGGCCAUUUACAAACUAUAUGCAGUCUAACACAGAAGCACUUCUACAGGAUGAACUUUGGAGCGGGCCUUGUAUCUUCUUCUUCUUCCAACUCUCCCUGCAUGCCACCUUUUUUUCCCCUCCUAUGCCCAGUUUGAUGGCAUUUCAGUGGAAUCUCGAAUGGAGAUGUUUCCAGCAGAAGUACAAGUGAUUUCAGCUUGUGCAGGUGUAGUUUGAGAGAUUAAGAAAUUCCAAGUUCAUUAAGAGGUCAUCAGGACCAUCGAUAGCCGUUUUUGUAUGCUAGAAGUCCAGACGUUGCAUGGUGAACAUAUAUAUGCACACCCCCCCCGUCUUUUGAUAUUUUGGACAAGUGUUUUUGUAGCAUGCAAUAGCCGAAAAUGUCAGCAACACACUUGGGCAUUUUUGAAUGGACGUAACAGUGCAACAUAUUAUAUAAGAAAUGAUUGCAAGAUAUGAACUUUUUUUUUUUAAAUAAAUUUUUGAAUGUCAGCUUUUUUUUUUUCCCCUCCAUUUUGAGGUUUUGGAUAGCGAGAGCGUCAGUUGCUGUUACUAAGUUUCUCAGUGGAGCCCUUGGUGAACCCUGUUCAGCAUACACUGUGUUACUUGGUUUAUCAGGUCUACAGUAUAGAAAGCGCUUUCUCCAGGUUGAGAUCACACUCAUCACGUUACAGUUUGGACCGUAUGUACAGUAUGCAUGCGUCAACCAUCUUUAUGCAAAUCCUUUAACGUAUUAUAAAUACUUGAUACUAUAUUUGAUAAAUGACCUUCAACCCUGAAGCAGCGCAGAGCUACGUAACAGACCCAACCCCAGCCUAUCGCAGGUAAGAAUAGAACAUGUAGUCUCGGUAAAUGAUUAAAUAUUUAUUUAUGCCUAAAUUAGUUUUUUUUUUUUUUUAACAUGAUUUACCCUUUUGAACUGGAAUGAAUGUUUAUGUUUAGAAUUUGUUGUUUUGUCAGGGCACAUCUGUUUUUUUUUUUUUUUUUUUUGUUCAUUUCAGAGGCUAAACCUGGCCAAAACUGUCCAGUACCAAAAAGCACAAAUCUUACUGUCGUGAAUUAAAGUGCCAUUCCACCAUUGGAU